CCUUUGAAAUUGAAAGUGAAAGAGCGAACAACGAAUUAAAUGGCGAAGCAAGCAAGAGUAUUAUUAAAUAAUUCUUAUAUAUUAUUUAAUAAUAAUUUAUUACUAUUACUGUUAUUUUCUUCAAUGUUGUCGAGUGUACUAUGCCCCCAACUUGGAACUGGGACCCUAGACUUAGACACAAAAUCCAAGACUUGUACCAAGGUAAUUUCUAGAACUAGACUAGGACUAGGGGUAAUAGUAAUAUGUCAAUAAAAUUAUUUAAUUUAGUAUUUAAAAUUAUUUUUAAUAAUUUAGUUUGCAUUUUAAUAUUAUAUUUGUUUAUUUGUUAACGAAUCAAGUUUUAAAUGAUAGUAUUUGUAGAAAUCACAUUCUAUUCUUGCCUUGGCUUGGCCAUCAAAAUCAAGGCAUCAUGUCAAUGUCCACUCCAUUUCUGAUGAAUACCAUAAUAAUAAUAAUCAUAUACAUUAUAAUAUGAAUUAUGCACGUUUAAUUUCUAUGUCUUAUUAUGUAGCUAGCCCUGACUGACUGGAUAAAAAAAAUUAAAUUGAUGACUGAAUUACAUCAGUUAGACAUGACAUAACACAUAUAAUUAAUAAUACAUUUUUACAUCAGAAAUAGUUCAAAAAGCCAACUGUAGUUUCAGGUACUUAUCUGGACCCAAUUUUCAAAUUGAAUUUACAUCUUUAAGACCUAGCCUAGUUUAGUUGUUAUAUUUAUAUAGAUAGGACUUGAAUAAACCAAUCGAUUGAUACCAAAUUUAUGGUUGUGAAUAGUGGAUCAAUUCUAAAAUAAGUUAUGAUUUUUUGGUGAAUUAUUUUGGGAUAACCUGUACCGUACAUGGUUAGUUCAUGGAGACAUUUGAAAAUAUAAAAUGACUAAAAUAAAAAAUGGGCAGAGAAUUUUUGGGAGAGCUGCCGCUCUGUGGUGUUCAUGGAGGAAAUAUAGUCAGCGUACACAAGAUGUCAGUGUUGGAAACUUUAAUAAAAUUGUUGGGGUAGGGUGGGGGAAAAUUUAUUUGCCCAUUUUUUUUAGAUAAUUGGAGGUUAAAUAGCAUAAAGACAAUGAGUCUCCUGUCGUAGGCCUGAUCUAAUCUGAAAUUCCCUUGAAUAUUCUCCUUGAGCCUUGAUUUUGCUUUUUGAGUUGUUUAAUGUUACAUGUAUCAGGCUUAUCAGUUUGCUGGGUAUGCCGAAUUCCUGCAUGAGUCUCAUAUAGAUAUUUUCUUUGAUGCUGUCAUAGGCCAUUUUAUAGUCCACAUAGAGCUGAUGUACUGGGUUAAUAUAUCAGUAACAUUUCUCUAAUAGGCACCUGAUGGUGAAAAUCUGAUCAGCCAUUGAUCUGUUUUGCCUGAAUCUAAAUUAGUUGUCACCAAGUAUUUGUGCAGUGUACUGUUGUAGUCUCUUGGCAAUUAGUUUUGUCAGUAUUUUAUAUGUUAAAUUAAAUUGGGGAAUUCCUCUAUAGUUUGUGCAUUGAAGUUUGAAAGCCUUCUUGUGUAUUGGGGUUAUUAGUGCUGUUGGAAUUUUCACUUUUUGCCAGAUUUCAGUUAUGUUUAUGUGUCUGUUUGUUUAGUUCCUUUCUCCAUAUUUAAUAAGAUCUGCGGAGAUGAGAUCUUCUCCGUGGGUUUUGUGGUUUUUAAUAUAAUUGAUAAUUUCUUUAGUUUCUUCUAGAGUUGGGGAGUUUAUAAAAGUGUCUGGUCCUCCAUGUGAUGGUUGAUAAUCUUCAUCUUGUCUAUUGUAUGCAUUUAGUAUGUCCUCAAAAUAUUCAUCCCACUUCUUCAGUACUUUACUAUUUUCCGUAAUUAAUUCUCCAUCCUGGCUCUCACACAUUUGCGGUCUGGCUUGGUAUUGGUAUCCAUUCUGUUCAUCUUUUAUCUUCAUGUACAUUCUUCUGAUGUUUCCCUCUCUUGAUAAGUCUUCUAUUUCUUUAAGCAUAGCUUUUUCCCAUUCUCUCUUUUUAUUUCGACACAUAUUUAUGGCUUUCCUUCUGGCUUCCUUGUAUGUUUGUGUUGUCUUUCUGGUUUCCCUUUGUGUCAUAGUCAUUCGUGCUUUGUUCCUUUCUUCGACAAUCUCUCUGCAUUCAUCAUCAAACCAGCCUACUCUAAUGUUAGUUUUCUGGAAUCCUAGUACUUAAACCAACUUUUGUUCAUUUUGCACCCACACUCUACAAUCAUUUAGUUCUUUAAAAAAGCUUCAAAAUUACCCAGAGAAACGUAAUUUGAGCUCAUAGUUUAAAAAAGAAAUUGUUACUAUACUUAAUUUAAGUUUAGAAAGAAAAUUAGCUAGUUACACACCAGGUCUAUUAAAUUGUUUUUUACAAGAAGACCCAUCACCAUUUUUAAAAAUGACGACUGCUCAUUUCCCCUGCUCUUCUCCUCCAUCAACCCCACCAUCUUCCCUACCAUCAGCCCUACUAUCCCCACACCCUCUAUCCCCUUAUCCUAAGUCUCACAUUUAAGCACUUCCCAUUCAGCUGGCCUUCCCUAAAAACCCGGAUUUCUCCUAAAUCUGACUGAUCCCCAAUCCUCCUUAGCCUCCUCUUCCCUCUCAAUAACCACCCUCAGCCCCUAAAUCUCCUCCCCUUCAAACUGAGCCCAUACCCCCCCCCCUCUUUCCCCAUUAUUCUUCCACCAGCUAUCCCCUCCUUCCCACAAACAUUUUACUUUAUGUGUAAUUUAUUAACCUACUUGUCCAACCUACAUCUCCUACCUACCUGUCCCUCCUCCUGUCCCCAUUAUUCUUCCACCAGCUAUCCCCUCCUUCCCACAAACAUUUUACUUUAUGUGUAAUUUAUUAAUAUACAACCCUAACCCUAUAAUGAAACCCUAACCAUCUUCGCCCUCUAUCCGUCUUCUUCCUUGCCCAAUGUCAUCAAUCUUCCUACUUAUUGUCACCUUACCCAAAACCUCACCCAACUUACCUUCUUAGCUUUCCAGCUAAUUCGCCUACAAUAACCCUACUUUUACGAGCAAUUUACUUAAUGUCUAUCAUUCUUUCAUAUUUCAUUUAGUCUUUUGAAACUGAAGCAAUAAAAAUAAGAUGGAUCAACUAAAAAAAAAAUUAACGAAAUAGAAAUCAUUUUCUUUUCAUAAUUUUAGAGAUUUAAACAUAAGAAGCAUAUUUUAGCAGUGACUAAUCAAUAAUUAAUACUUUUUUGAUACCGGUAAGCCUGUACAUAACUUUUGAAAUAAUAUAUUUCUUGCAGGCAUUAUUCUUCCCGUGAUUCUUAACAAUACAAUUUAGUGCAGAUCUAAAUUUCACACUCAGCCUGCAUCAAUAUGAAUUUAAAUUUAAAAAGAGAAACCAAAUGAUCUGAAAAUGCGCAUCUUUAUGUUGAAUUAAGGAGUGUACAGGCUGUAAACAAAAUAGACUAAUUGUAAAAAAACUUAUUCCUUAUUUUUGGUUAACAUUCCAAAUAUUGCUUUAAAAAUUAUGGUGUACUAGUAGUUUAAAAUGACAUAUAAUUAUCUGUAGUAAAAUAGCUCUAUUGAUAGUUCCAUUGCCUAAUUCCACUGCUCUUGUCUUCCACCACGACCACUAUCAAAAAAUAUUUCUAGAAAUACUAGAAUGCCCCUGGCGUUAUAAUUAAAAAUUCUUGUUAAAAACAAAAAAAACCUAAUAUUUUUAAAUUGUUUCAACUUUUCAGAUUGAUUACAUGAUCUCUGUUAGCUCCAAUUCAAAGUAAGUAUUCUUAAGAAUCUUAGAAUUACACACCACUUACUGCCAAUAUCAUUAACUUUAACUAUGAUUAACUAUAAUACCAGGUACUGAACAUAUUUCAGUCUAUUGAUUUAAAGUGCAAAUUAAUUUAAUAUUAUAUUUUCCCACAGUCUAUCCACAAAUUUCGGCUUUAGUUUAGAGCAGGGGUCCUCAAACUUUUUAAUCAGGGGACCAUUUCAUUGUUCCUCAGACAAUGGUGGGGGCAAGACUACUUUCAAAAAAAGAAGAAAGAAAUGGAUAUUAAUGCAAAUUGCACAUAUCUCUAAAAAAAAAACAGGAAAACAAAGCAAUAUUUAAAAUGAAGAACAAUUUUUAUUAAUUAUAAAGUGAUUUGUAUUUCAAUGGGAAAAGUUGGACUUCUGUUGGCUAAAUAGAUGUUGAAUUUCCGGUAACUGUAUGGCAGCCCGACGCGUUUGGUUAAAGACCCUUUGUGGGCUGGAUCAGGCCUGCUGGCCAUAGUUUGAGCACCCCUGGUUUUGAGGAACAUUCAAAAAGUAUUUCAGUGGAAACAUUUAUUUUUAUUUGGCAGCUGCUUGUUACCAGAACUUUCACAGAUUGAUCCUAUACAGGUAAUUUAAUACACUGACAACAUGCGUUUUUCUUAUAAAAAAAAAGAUUAAGAAGUGUGAAAAUUGAUACACAUUUUGAAAAAAAAACAAAAAACAAUGCUUACAGUUACAGCUCAAUAAGUUAAGUUUUAUAAAAAAGAACUGCUUGAACAAUUACAAAAAAAAAAAAAUGAUGAGAAUGAUUAAAAAUGUUAUUUGAUCAUAACAGGUCUAUAACCUAUAAUGAAAAUAUCUUAGUCUAUGUUCAUCUGGCACAAAGCAUGCAUUUGAAAGUAUGUUGACACAUUCUUAUUUGCCACACUCUACUUUAAGCAUUUUUUGGUUUAUAUCCCAGCUUUAGAAGUCCUCUCAAAAUAUUAUAACCACCCCCCCCCCCCCCCCCCCUUUUCCCUCUUCUGAGGCCUUAUUGGCUUCCUUUUCCCUUGUCAGUGUUACAAAUUUGCUGCUGUUUCUGCAAACAGUGUGUGUCAUUUCCCCUUCCAGAUCCUGUAUUGUACUUUAAGGACUUCAAGGUUCCUUACUAGUUCAUGGCAACUUAUACAUUUUCUAUAACACUGAUAGAAAACCUGUUUUUCCAUGUUUUGCGGGAAUAAAUGGUGUGUGGGAUGGCAUUACUUGCAGAAUUUUACUGUUCUGUGUGUAUUUUUUGCUGACCAAAACAUUAAAUUGAUGUAAUUGAAGCAAUCUCAAUUUAAAUGUAGAUUUGCUGGUUAGUGUGAUAGCUCUAGUUGAGAAACUUAAGUUAGUCUUUUUUCCUUGCUUGCUAAUUAAAGUUAAAGUUAGUUUGUUAUUUGUUGUUUCAAGGCAUAUGACGGCUUAUUUUUUUGCACUUGAGAAGUACUUAACAUGUCUUGUGUUAAGUUGUUUAUGUUAAAUAAUAUGUCUUAGUAAGAAUAUUUGUGCUCAAAAUUAAUGUGUAAAUUGUAAUCUAAAGAAUAUUUCCAUUUUUUUUUUAUCAAUAAAAGAAUCUUAUAAUACAGAAAGCAUAUUAACUUUUAUUCACAGGUUAAUUCCACUGCAAAUGUUUACAACAAAACACUUAAACAGUAUAUGUUUAAACAUGAAAAUUCAAAACAAAUGAAAGCUUUAACUGAAAUGAAACAAGCAGUAAAAACAGGAUGUCAGCAAGAAUGGUAGGUUUAAUGGAUGUAGAAAGUUUUUAUCAGCAAAUAUGUCCUUGUUAUCUCCUUUCUCAAUGAGAAAAAUAUAAUCUUACAUACCACAAAUAAAUUGUUACCAAAAAAAAAAAAAAAUAAAAUAAAAUCCACUUUUUUAAGCACGUUCCUCGGAUAAUGGCUACUUAAAGACUUUAAACCAAUUCUCAAUGAGAAAAAUAUAAUCUUACAUACCACAAAUAAAUUGUUACCAAAAAAAAAAAAAAUAAAAUAAAAUCCACUUUUUUAAGCACGUUCCUCGGAUAAUGGCUACUUAAAGACUUUGAACCAUGAGCAAAUGUUCUAGACUAAAAAAAAAAUAAGAUCAAUUAAAAAAAAGAAAUAACAAUAAUGCAAUUUUUGUUUUAUUAUAUUACUGAAUUAAAUUAAACUUCUUUAUUGGAUAUAUUUGAAACUAAGUUUAAUAUUUAAAUAUUAGUGUCAAAUAAUAUAAAUCUGAUACCAAAAACUAGUGUUGCUGAUAUAUUUAAUGAUACAGCUUAGUAACAAAGUAAACAGCAUUCCUCUUAAUUCUUAUUGGCCUGCAUUGCCAAGAAAAUUUACAAGGAAGAUUACCCUGUUGAAAAUAUAAAUUGAAAGCAAAUUAAUUGAUGUACCGGUAGUGAUUUUUGCUAAUGAUCUUGCAACAUUUUUGAAGAAAAAAAAAAUGAAUCCUAUAUUUUGUGGUUCAUCCUUUAUCUAAAUGUUCCAGGAGAUUAAGUGGUAAUUGUAGGAUUUGGCCUAUGGUGUGGUUUCCUCAAGGACUGCAGGAUAAUUGUACAACAGAUAUCCCAUUUGGAUGCUUCAAUGACAAGUCUGGGAUAAAGAAUGGCACCUGCAAUUCAGAGGUAAAAGUUCUUUACAGAAUUGUGAAGUGCUGGAAUUCCAAUUCUGAAAAUACUCAAAAUGAUAUCUUUUCAUCGGUUAUUUCUGUUUUUAAAAAAAAAAAAAUUUGUUAUGAGUGAACUUAAGUUGAAAAACUUUUGAAACUAUAUAUUUUGAAAAAAAACUAAAAUUGUAUUGAAAUCAGUUAUUUUUUUUUUUUUUAUAUAAAAAACCAACCAAACCCUGAAACAUCACCAAACAUGUUUUGUUAUCUUAGAAUUGGUUUCUAAACCCCUGACUUGUGUUCUUUGCUAUGGCUGAAUAAAUUUAAAACAAGGUUUAAUGACAGUGCAUUCAUUUCCAUUUGACAUGAUUUCUAUAUAGGUACAUACCCCCUGAUGAAACAGGAUUUUAAAUUAUGUAUGUCAGGGUAGUGCGCACUUGAAAAAAAAAAUAAAAAAAAUUGAAGUGGAUUUUAGAAAGCUAAAUUUUUUAUUGCCUGUAAAAAGCUGCCAUAUUUCUUAAUUUGCUUUUAUAUUGACUCUACAAAAUAUCAGUUUAAAAAUUUCAAAUAAAGGUGAGAAAAGAAAUAUUACACUCGGAGGGUUAGAUUUUUUGUUGACAUGCUUCCAUGAUAAACAAAGUUUAAGUAACAAAAGAAGUGUUAAAAUGUGUCAAUUUAACUGAUAAAUUUGCUUUAAAAUUUCAGAAGGCUUUUAACAAAAGUGACACCAUAUACUUUUAUAAUAAUGUUGAUAUAAAUAUAAAAUAUCAAAAGUUGUCUGAGAACCAUGAGCAGGGAACCUCGGAAAUAAUAAUUUUAUCUGUGAACAUCACACCAACAAGGUAGGUACUUUGAGUAUUUUGACAUCAGAAUACAUUUUUACCAACCUAACUGGGUUCAAAAUUUGGGGGAUUUGAUUAAAACUUAACUUACUUUCAAAUUGGAGACCCAUUGCAAAAAUUCAGGUCAUUAGAACUAAAGUUGCUGAUUUGCAUAAGCUAGAAAAUAGACAGACUCAUUUUAUUUUUAAUUGAAUAGAUUUAAUACUUUUAAAGCUAGGUUCAUAUAAAUGAUUUUAUUUUAGCUUGUCAACACAAAUUAGAAUUGUGGGCUUGGAGGACCUUACAUUUGAAUAUUUACAACCAUUUUUAAUGGGUAGAUCUGGAUGGAAAAUACGAACCAACCAGGAGUUGUAUCAGGAUCCCACGCAAGUAGCGGAAAUAAGAAAGGGGAGGCUAUGCUGGGUGGGUCACUUAGAAAGAAUGCCAAAUGACAGAGGAAUGAAGAGGGUACACCACCAAAACCCCAGAGGAAAAUGGCUCAAAGGUAGACCUAGGCUUAGAUGGAUGGAUGACAUUGAAAAAGAUCUACCGGUACUGCAGCUGGGAAUCUAAGCAUAGACAAUGGAAAAGAAAAGCAUCAGAUAGGUUUGAACGGAAGAAAGUGGUGAGGCAGACAAAAGGUCUACAAGGGCUGUUGCGCCAUAAGGAUGGAUGGAUAGACUUGACAAAAAUUUCAAAACAGACAACAUUUUAAGAAAAUUUAUCCCUAUAUGUGAAUUUUCCUUUUUAUAAAAAACCAAAAAAACCAAGAGUUCAACUGCCAUUUAUUAAACAUAGUUUUCUUUGCAGCAAAGUCAUGUGAUGAUCCUUGAAGCUUUCACGUGAACCUAUCAUCAUUAACAUCACUAUUUAUCACUUAUUUUCACUGUAAAAGUGAGACCUUUAAAACAAUUUGUCAUUAAAUUAUUAUUUGAACAUUUUAAUUUUUUUCUCCUAAUAUUGACAGUCAAAAAAACGGUAGCCAUGAAAAUGCCUCUCCUGUUGCAGUUUCUAAUGGUGAACGUUCACUUGGGGAUCUCAGUUUUAAUGUGACCUAUUCCAUUACCUGGAAUGAAAUGGUGAGUUUUUCUUACAUACCCUGUCACUGUCUUUGUAUCAUGAGAAAAUAAUUCCUCUAAAAUGUGGAGAUAACAUCAUGCUGAAUUGAAACAGAAAUUGUUUUUUUUUAUCAACAUACAGGUACUACUUUAUUGUAUAGUAGCUAGACAAAUAAGUACUAGAUAAAUUAGGUUUAGACAUAUUAGGAAUAGACAAAUUAGGACUAGAUAAUUUAGGACUAGAGAAAUUAGGACUAGAGAAAUGAGGACUAAACAAUUUAGGACUGAAAAAAUUAGGACUAUGGUAUUCAAAAAGUAGAGUUAGUGAUCUGCAUUGGAUGUAAGUAAAAGUAUCUCCUACUCUUAUAUGGACUUGGUCCAAGUCUCAUUCCUUCCCCUUUUGAGGAUUUAUUUUACUAGUGAUUUCAUUUCCUGACCUUAGAUUACAAAUAGUUUUAUCAACUUAUAUCAGAUUAUGAAGUGUUUGAUGACAAGAGCUGAUAAUAAAUGAGAAUAAUGCAAUUUUCAUUUUUUUUUCAGAAAACCUUUUAAGAAAUAACUUUUGAAGGAAUUUAACGCAUAUAUUCACAAUUUUUCUGAAUAUUGCUGAACAGAACCAUUAAAUUAGUACUAUAAUUGUCUAGCACUCUAAUUUUAGACUAUGAAUGUCAAUAUUUUAUGGUUCAGCCAUAUGACACCAAGCUUGUUUUUUUUUUCUAAAGCACACAUAAAUAUAAACAAAAUAUGUUAUCACAAAUUAUGAACUUCUAUGGAUAUCAUAUUAAAGUUCUAUCUUGUGUUGGCUAAAUAUUUUAAAAAACCUGACUCAUGACAAAACUAACUGACUUAAACUUAGGUGAGGCAUCCCAACCGGUUUGAAGUUUUGUCCCGGUUUAUAUCUCAGUUGAAACAAAAUUCAUAUCCAGUCCAGCGGCAAACCUCGAAGGUGGUGUGAAUGGCAUGACUAUUAAUAUAUAAUUGAUAUGUGUGUGUAUGCAAGGAGUUGCAUUUAUUUUAGGGUACACUACUAAUCCUGUCUAUAUAAGUUAUCUCAUACAUGUUAAGAUCAUAUCUCGGUUGGUAUCAACUUAACAUAAAAUAUAUGUGUAAUAACAGUUAAGAUCUAAGCUUAUAUUAUAAAAUAAAUGUUCAUUUCUGUAUAUCCAUACAUGAUGUCACUCUAAUUUUAACAGAAUUUUUUAAACAUACACCAACUCUCCCAAAUCACAAAUUUGUAAUGCAAAUUAGAAACUUUUAUCACCCAUAAGAUGCAUGACAUUGUUUAUGGAUGUGCCCUAAGAACACGAAUAAAUUUGAUGCCUCUAUAAAUAUAAGGCAUAUGGCAAAUGUGCCUGCAACCUGUUUGAAUUGACAGUCUUCUCAUGGAAGUCCCAAUUAAUUAGCUUCUCAGAAAAUUAAGACUAAAUGAAUAAAAUAAUUUCUUAGAAAUGAAUAGUCGUUCUAUCCCCAAAUUCUCAACAUACAUAAUGUGGCUUUUCAGUGGCGUAGCUAGACUAAAUGAUGCCCAUGGCGAACAUCCAAAAUUUUGCCCUGACACAUAUAAUAUUGGUAAAAUCCUUAAAGCGUUGUUGGGGGAUCUCUUCCUUUUGCCCGCAUCUAGGUACAAACUUAGGUACCAAUUUUAACCCUUAAACUUAUGAUAAUUCUACUUAACACCUUAACACGAGUUCUCAGCAUUAAGGAACUGAAUGAAAGGGUUUCCUUUAAAACUGCUUUUAUUGUUUUAGUGUUAUCAGCAAUGUAACCACUUUGCUGCACUCAUGUGGCCAGCAUUCUUAAUUUUAUUAGGGAAGAAUAAGAAAGAAAUUUGUUAGAAAGUAAACUUUAUUUCUAAAAAUGUUUAAAAAAUUUUCUAUUAUGUUGUCGUACACAUUCUUCCAUAAUAUUAUUUUUUAUUUUUAGCAUUUCAGUAUACAUGAUUGUACAUAAAAGCACACAAAAGCAUAUUCCAGAGGUUUGCGUCUGAUCAUUCCAUCCACAUGUGGUUCUUGAAGCUGGCAUUGAUAAUCUUUUAAGCAUACAAAAUAAUGAUGGGCAAAAUGUAUAAUGGUCAAACAUUGAUGCGUUUAUUUUGUAUUGUUUAAAUGAUCUUUCUUUUAAGAUUAUGUUCUGGUAACAUAUUGUGACUGAAUAUUCUGGUAACAUAUUGUGACUGAAUAUUCUGGUAACAUAUUGUGACUGAAUAUUCUGGUAACAUAUUGAGACUGAUGUUUCUGGUAACAUAUUGAGCCUGGUGUUUCUGGUAACAUAUUGAGCUUGAUGUUUCUGGUAAAAUAUUGAGACUGAAGUAACUCAUCUUCAAUUUUUUCACAGGCAAAAGGAGCAGACAGUUCAUGCAAUUGGUGGGUACACUCUCCAGUUCUUUUUGUUUGAAUUUUUUUUUGCAUCUUUCUAUAAUAAUGUUAAAAAACACUGCAGUCAUGUUUUUAAAUUUUACUAAAAUGGACUGAGAAAAAAAGUUUCUUAUGAAAAUGAAAUGGAUAGAAUCCUAUAGUUACAUUGUAAUCAAGAACACUUUAAAGUUAUUGGAUCAAGUUUCUUUGAGUCCGCAGCAAAUAAAAAAAAAGCAACAAACAUUUAGUGUGAAGUUUAAGUGUCAAUAUGCAAAAAUAAAAUGCUUGAAGUGCAAAAUCUAUUCAUCUCAAUCAUAUAAUAUAAGAUUAUUUUAUUCAUCCAAAUAAAUAUAAUUUUAAAAAUUAAUUACAUAGUACUUGUACUUAACAUUUUACUUAUUCCUUCCCUUAAAAUGAAUAAAUACAUAUUUUAACCAAGACAUUUUACAAUUAGAAAAAAUUAAAUGAAAGACAUCUCAAGUAUUUCUCGACAAAUACUAAUUGUUAAAACCAAAAUUUACGUUUCUAAGUUUGAAAUUGAAACUGUGGCAUUAUUCAUCUUUUCCUGUCAAUUCAAAAUGGCAAAUAACCGCCACUAUGGCAUCAUGUUUAUGGAUGGAAAAUGUAAAUUAUGUAUAUAUUAUGACCCUGCUUUUAGACAUCGUUACAAAUAAAACAGUAAUUAAGCUGUGUAUUUUAAGCUCUGGAUUUUAAGUCUUACACUUAACAUAAAUUUUGUUUAAAAUUUUAAAAGUAAAAUUGACACUUAUUUUAAUUUUCAGGCUCAUAAUUGUAGGAAUUGUGAUUGGUAUUUCCAUUGCUAUUCUUGUUUGGGUUGUUGUCAAACUCAUUCAAAGGGCAAUUGACAAGUUUAUAAGAGAAAAAGCAACAGCAUACUGUAAGUUCUAGUCAAUAAAUAGUAUUCUUGUUAGAAUUAGAAUGAUAGCCAAGAUAAAUAAUUAAUUCAUGCAAAUAUUGUGAAAGAACAGGUUUAAAAUAAGUUUAAUUAAAUUGCUUCAUUCUGAGCCAAUACAUUUAUCCAAUAAAAUCAACUUGAAGUUAUGCAUUUGAUCAUUAUGGGGCACUAAUAGAUGUAUCACUAGGCAGUUAUUGUACAUUUUAUAAGUAUUUUAACCUAGAAAUUGAUGUUUUGAUUAUAAUUAAAUACAUCUAAAUCUAAUUACUAUGAUAUUAAUUUGAAUAGAUUUAAGUGGGAACAGAAUGAGUGAGAAUUUUAAAAAAAGUUAUAUAGAAGACAUUUUUAUAUAAUUUUCUUAAUAAAGGUACAUAGUAUUGCUCAGGGCUCUUUGGUUUUUAUUAUAUUUCCUCUGUUGAUUAUAUUCUUACUUUCUCUUUCUUCUCCAGAAUUUCAGAUCCAGCAAGCGUUAAAUUUCCAAUUUAAUAUGAAAACAUUAUACUCUUUAUAAGUGUAGAAGAAUUGAAGUUAAAAAAAAUCUAUUUGAAGAAACUUCCCAGUCCUAACAACAAAAGAUUUUAAUUUUAAAAAUUUGGAAGCCUAAGAAUUAUUAUUUGUAUCAACAAUUUUGGAGAUAAUGUUCCAUAAAUAAAAUAAUGGAUGCAUUCCAUGUCACAAGGAGUGACUAUGCCAAAUCUGCAAAUCAAUAUUUUUUGCUGCAUACUCAAAUUUAGUGUUUCCUUUUCAUUUAGGGUAGGUCAUGCCUUUCCUAAAAAAGUAAAAUUCAUUUUACGGUCAUUCUUAUCAAAAUUUGUGGAGAAAAAAGACAUAACGUUUUAGCUUUAUUAUAGCAACCAUUUUUUUAUAUAGGAUAUUUUAGUCUAUAAAUUUCGGUCCUCAAAUUAGGUUAAGGCAGUUUUUUUGUGUGCAAUUUAUCAAUAAGGACAGGAAUAAGACUGGACAUUUUCACAGUAUUGCUUAACCAUUCUCAAUAUACCAUAUAAAUGACAAUCAUUAAAAUGCAAUACAAUCUAUAAACCCACCUUUUUAGAUUGAGCAUGUCUGGGUGGCUUUUUUUUUUAGAUUAUGGAGAAUGUUAAUAUUGAAGCAAGUAUGUUGUUAAAAAAAAGGGUGGGGGGUCACAUAUUUGUGAUGAGGGUGUCAAAUUUUCUUUGAUGAUUUGUGAUGAAGGGGAGGGAGGGGUAAACAAAAGGGACAAAAUAAUUUUACAUCAUUUUGGAAGGUCACUGUAUAAAAAAAAUAAUUAAUUUCUCAAGAGACAAUUUUUAACAUUUAACUAUAAUGUAUUACCAGUAUAUAGAAGGUAAUAAAUUGGUAGCAAUUAUUUUUAAAUUUAAGAUCAAUUUAUUGUAAUUAUCACUGAAACCAACAAGAAAAAUAUUUUUUUUUAUGGUGUUACUUUUCUCUAUUGCUCUGAUCUACUUAAAUUUGUACAAAAUGUCUGAAAGGUGAUACUGUUAUUGUAAUUAAAAAUAUUUUUUAAUUAAUAUAUUAAAUCAAACCCUUCAGCACUUUUGACAUAUGCAUCAAAGUGUGAUGCAUGAAUGGGUUGCUUUAAGGUGUGUUUUAUGUCGGAUUCAGGGGUGGGGGAAGCUCAAAUUUGUCACUUAAAUACUGCCAUAUCAGAAUUGUCAUAUUUAUUUAUGCCAGUAACUCCUAUGUAUUUAUUAGUAAUACCUUUAACUUUUGGCUUUAAAAAAAAAUGAUAGCGAUGGCUGUCCACCUUUCAGUUCUUUAAAAAAAAGGAUUGUACGUAACAAACUAGCAAACACUUGAAAUCAUUAUUUGAAAAUAGUUUUUUUUAAAUUAGAUGAGUGGGCGAUUCGUUUUAUUCUUUUUAUGAAUAAGAUUUUUUUGUAGUGAACAAAGAUAAUCAUAAGAAGCACAGUAGGCUACUGACACACAGAAGUACUCCCAUAAGUUUAUACUAAUACAGGUACCAGUAAUGAGUCACUCAAUCAUGGAUGUUCUCCCAUUUACGGUAUUUAAUCAUUGCCAUUAGGGGAAAGAAGAUGAAAAAUUAUUAAUUUCUGCGCAAGCAAAGCUAGGCCAGUGUUUUCUUCGACUUCUUCUUCUUCUAUAUAUGAAGGGCCCACGAUCAAUUUAUUGAUCAUUUUGGCUCCUAUGCAUGUAGAGGGGAUUUGCAAUGUUUCUGUGCCUACUGUAAAAAAAACUUAUCAUUCAAUGUUAUUUGUUUUUUUUUUUUAAAUGUGUGAUUUUACUGUUAGAGAGACAUCAGAAAGGUUAGUUGGUUGUUUGAAAUUCUGAAUUGUAUUUUAUUUGUUAAAAUUUUGCAAAAAAAAAUUGUAUUUUAAUGUCAGGUCAUCAAGUUUCUAAUAUACUAGUUAUAGACCUUAAGAUGUAACAUGUGCUAACUUGCUUAAAUUGAAAUCAUUUUAAAGGUGUUGUGUGUGGUCACUGUGGUUAGAACUGGGUUAACAACCCUUCAAUAAUUAUACAUGGAAUAAAUUAGCUUAAUAGGAUUCAGCAUUAGGAAUGUAAGCCAAUGUUUGAAAAAACUCAACUUGGCAUCACUGCCUCUUUCAGUCAUAUUCUCAUUCAUACCCCAAAAGGCAGCAAGCAGUCCACACGGGAUCAUCAUCUUAAACAGAUUUUAAUAAUAAUCAUAUUCAUGUUCUUUUCCUUUUGCUCAACGAAUUAGUGAAUGUAAAAUUCUGUCGCUUAGUAUUAGUAAUAUACAUAUGAUUUAUUUGAAGACAUAGUAUGCACCAUUGAAUCUCAAUGAUGUAAGAUACAUUUUAAAAUUUCUCUCAAAUGUAUUUAUUUAAAUUGAAUUUCAUUGGAAUGUUCAAAAUCAAGUGCUAAUGCUCUUAACAUGACUAAGAUAUUCACAAAUACAGGAACUGUGUUUAUGAGCUCCCUUGUAUUCUGACUAGCAGUUUUUUGACUCAAUUGCAUCUAAAGGUUUUUCUACCACACAUUGUUUAUUGAUUUUACAAUAACUGCCACACUGUCUGAUUUCCUUCUUCUUUCUUCAUGAAGUACAAAAAAUUGUAUCUCAUGAUACAAAUCCAAGAAACAGAUAACAGCAGCUUGUUGAUCGUUAAACUCUCUGAUGGACCAACACUCCAGUCACCCUCAAAAAUAAAAUCCCUAUCAGACUGCCAACUCUCAACACGACACAACAACACUCUAACUAACUUCCACCCUGUCUUCACACAGCAUUUAAACAACUCAUUUAUUGACCUUGCACAACCCGACCACACACACCUGGCCCUCAUAAAAAAAUUCUCCAAUUCACGAUCAACAACUAUUCCACAAACAAUCACGCUCAGAAAUCCAUUCCAUAACGAUAGUGACAAUUUUUAACUGAACAAAUUACAAUUGAAAUGUGAGCAUAGACUCUAUGUUAUUAAUGGUAUACAUUUUUUUUUAAAACAUAAUUUCUGAGCAUACAUUUUAUUUUUUACAAUUUUAUUGCACAGAAUCUCUCUUUUAUUAAUAUCUUCAAACAUAGGGUACAUUUAUAAUGGGCUACAUCUGUUUAUGUCCACAAACAUAGGCUACACUUAUAUUGGCCUGCAUUUAUUUUUUUAAAAAGAUUUGAAAUAUUUUUAUGGUUAAAUUUGAUUUAUUUUUCAUCUCUAUGAAGUUGCAUAGUUUAGAACACAUCGCACCACGAAACAAAGGCGUGCAACUCAAUAAGAAAGCCAUAAGUGGACGAUAUUUUAAAAACAACUUUUAAUUGGAGUCUGUAUAGGAAAUACUAUUUUUCAACAAAUCUGUAAUUUCAAUUUUUAUAAAACAACACAGGAGAUACAUUUUUUAAUAAUAGAACAAAUGUCAUCUGCUGUUUUUUGUACAAUUACAAUUUACAUAUGUCGUCAAUUUAACAUGUUUGGAUUGUAUAAAUAAAACUUUUUCAAUUUUAUGAAAAGUGCUGUGUUAUGAGA